UCUCCUUCUAGUGCUAUUUUUGAGACAUAAACUUCAAAAUGUGCUAUUAUUGACAAUUGCCCAAAUAAAAAUUCUUUAUAAUAUAGAAAUGUAAGAACCAUUUCUAUAUAUUGAUUGGUUUGAUUCAGUUUUUUAUUCGGUUUAUUUCGGUUCAGUUUCAACACAACGGUACCGUUUUUCUGUUUGCUUUCAUCUGUUCCGACAUCAAUCAGUUCACUUCUUCCCAUCUGUUGUCGCUGUACAACGCGAUGCGUCACGGAAGAGCAAGCGCCGCCGUAUCAUCCGCCCUUGCCGGCCUCCCUCAAUCCAAAAACUCCCAAUUCCCACAGCUCUGCAACAUCCUCAUCAUCGCCUCUCUAACCAAAACCUUAUCCCAAUCCGGCACACGAAACCUCGACGCCAACACAACACCAAUCUCAGAACCAAUCGUCCUCCAAAUCCUCCGCCGAAACUCCCUAGACCCCUCAAAGAAGCUCACCUUCUUCAAAUGGUGUCUCUCCCUCCGUCCAGAGUACAAACACUCCUCCUCAGCUUACUCCCAGAUCCUCCGCACCGUCUGCCGAUCAGGUCUCCUCGGAGAAGUCCCCGAUCUCCUGAACUCGAUGAAGGAAGACAACAUCAGCUUAGAUCAAACAACGUCUAAAGUAGUUUUAGAUUCUUUGAUCCGUUCUGGUAAGUAUGACUCAGCGUUGGGAGUUUUGGAUUACAUGGAGGAGGAGUCAGGAGGCUGCUUGAACGUAUACGACUCUGUUCUCAUCGCUCUGUUGAAGAAGAAGGAGCUCUCUCUUGCUCUUUCAAUCUUCUUUAAGCUUCUAGAAGGUUCUUUAAGUUAUCUCCCUGGUAACGUCGCUGCUAACAACCUCUUGGUUGGUUUAAGGAGAGCUGAUAUGAAGGAAGAGUUCAAAACGGUUUAUGAAAAGCUAAAGGGGAUAAAACGAUUCCGUUUUGAUACGUGCGGUUACAACAUAUGCAUCCACGCGUUUGGCACAUGGGGCGAUUUGGAAUCGUCCUUGAGUUUGUUUAAAGAGAUGAACGAUGAUGCUGAUAUAUGCACUUACAACAGUUUGAUUCACGUGCUGUGUUUAGCUGGGAGAGUGAGAGAUGCUUUAGCUGUGUGGGAUGAGCUGAAAGUCUCUGGUCAUGAGCCUGAUAACUCCACGUACCGUGUGCUGAUCCAAGGGUGUUGCAAGUCCUAUCGUAUGGACGAUGCGAUGAGGGUGUUUGGAGAGAUGGAGUACAACGGGUUUGUUCCCGACACUGUUUUGUAUAAUUCUCUUCUAGACGGGACGUUUAAGGCGAGGAGAGUUGGUGAAGCGUGUGAGCUGUUUGAGAAGAUGGUUCAGGAAGGGGUGAGAGCUUCUUGCUGGACUUACAAUAUUCUUAUCGAUGGGUUGUUUAGGAACGGGCGGGCGGAGGCUGGGUUUACUCUUUUUUGUGAUUUGAAGAAGAAGAAGGGUCAGUUUGUGGAUGGUGUUACUUUCAGUAUCGUUGUGUUGCAGCUUUGUAGAGAAGGGAAGGUGGACGGUGCGGUGAAGCUGGUUGAGGAGAUGGAAACGAGAGGGUUCUCUGUUGAUUUGGUUACGAUAAGUUCGCUUUUGGUCGAGUUUCAUAGACAAGGGAGGUGGGAUUGGAAAGAGAAGCUGAUGAAGCACGUGAGGGAAGGGAGCUUGGUGCCUAAUGUCUUGAGAUGGAACGCUGGAGUUGAAGCUUCGAUGAAACGGACUCAGAGUAAAGAUAAAGAUUACACUCCAAUGUUCUUAAGUAAAGGAAGCUUCCUAGAUAUCAUUAGCACGGUGAGUUCAAAAGAAGUAACACCUUUGGAAGAAGAAGAUGAUGAUCCUUGGUCAUCAUCUCCGUACAUGGACCGAUUAGCCCACCAGGUGAACCAACCUAAGCCCUUGUUUGGUUUAGCCAGAGGGCAGAGAGUGGAAGCGAAGGCGGAUUCUUUCGACGUCGACAUGAUGAACACCUUUUUAUCUAUUUACCUCUCCAAAGGUGAUCUCAGCUUAGCCUGCAAGCUGUUCGAGAUAUUCAACGAUAUGGGGGUAACCAAUCUCACCAGCUACACCUACAACUCGAUGAUGAGCUCCUUCGUCAAAAAGGGCUACUACGAAACCGCCCGCGGAGUCCUCGACCAAAUGGGCGAGAACUUCUGCGCGGCGGACAUCGCAACAUACAACGUGAUAAUCCAAGGACUUGGUAAAUUGGGAAGAGCGGACUUAGCAAGCGCGGUGCUCGAAAAACUAACAGAGCAAGGAGGGUAUCUAGACAUCGUGAUGUACAACACAUUGAUCAACGCGCUGGGGAAAGCGAACAGGCUAGACGAAGCGACGAGACUGUUUGAUCACAUGAAGAGCAAUGGGGUAAACCCCGACGUCGUGAGUUACAAUACCAUGAUCGAAGUGAAUAGUAAAGCGGGGAGGUUGAAAGAAGCCUACAAGUACUUGAAAGUGAUGCUAGACGCAAACUGUUUGCCUAAUCACGUAACGGACACGAUCUUGGAUUAUCUAGGGAAAGAGAUGGAGAAAGCUAGAUUCAAGAAAGCUUCAUUUGUACGGACCAAAUCAAAUAACGAUCCUUCUUCAUCUUAGUUUUUUUUUUCUUUUUGUAGUUUUCAAUACAGGACAAUAAAUAAAUAAAAAUAUAUCAACAAAA